AAAUCAGAGCCGUUGACUAGUUUGUGUGUGUUACAUUUUUUGAUUCGGCCAAAAAAGUUUUCUUUUUUAGGGUUAGCGUAGCUUUGCCUCAAAGUUUGAAGAUAAUAACUCUUUUUUUGGUUUCUCUGCAAAACUGAUUUUUGAAUCUUUUCGCUUAAUCAAUCAAUCAAUCCUCUCUCAAUCCUUUCCCUCUCUGGUGAGAAUCUCUUUCUUCUUCUUCUUCUUCAUCUUCUUCUUCUUCGUCUCUCUCUCUCUGUCUCUAUCUAUCCCGAUUCCACUGUUCUCCGAUUCUGUUCUGGCGACGGUUUCGUAUCUGAUGCUAUUUUUAUCACUCGCUCGUGUUUCGUUAUUGCGGGUUUCUUUUUGUUCUGUGAACUUGUUGACCUUAAUUUCGACAACGGUUGCUGAUUUGAUUUUUGUCGGUGGGUGACUUAACUAAUUGGGGAAUUUAAAGGAGUGGGCUUUCUUAAGCUCGAAAACAAUUGUUCUUCACUCUGGCCGCUUCUGCAAAGUCGUGUGCUUCUCGCACCUCUGCGCAGGUGUGGGGUGGCCUUGAAGUGGUGACUUCACUCUCUCUUCCAAGGAUUUCUCUAGCAUCAAUCAUUUGGAGACUCCGUCGUGUUUCCGAGGGUCUUACCCUUGAUUACGGCUAACGUUACUACGCCCGCCCACAUGAACACCCUCUAAAAGCUCACAGCAACUUUCUCUUAUUUGUGCCAAAAAAAAAAAAAUAACUUAACUUGAUCUUUUUUGUUCUAGUUGUGGUUGUAAAUUAAAGAACAGAUUUUUUUUUUUUUUGUGGUUUGGUUUUGGUUUUUUCUUGUUUGUGUUGGUUUGAACUGGUGAUGUAGUUCGAUGUUAUUAAGUUUGACACAAUGGUCAGGUUUCCAUGCUUCAACGCUCACACCAACCGCCAUAAACCUAAGAAAUCUGUUGAAGGGUUUUCAGAACGACUGAUCAGAGAAGAUGGGUCUAAAUCGAAAGGAUUGAGCUCAAUCUUAUUUGGGAGAAACAUUGCUUCUGCUAGUGAAAACAGCAAGCCAGCUGCUGGCUCUGCCGCUGUUGAGCGUGUUUGGAAAUCUGAGGAAAUUAAGCCCAGUGGCAUUCUUGAGCAUGAGCUGGGGGCGCAGCAGGUACGGCAUCUCAAGAAAAGCCAAUCCCAUGGGAAUGAACUAUACUUGGAUGGGAGGGAUGCCACAAAGAAUGGAACGGAUGAUGGAACAGAUCGGAUUACUUCUCCAAAUUCUCUUGAACAUCAGUCUCAUGAGGCAGGCAGCAACAAGCGUGUAGAAGGAAGUCCUAAUUUGUAUGAGAAAGCUCCUCCAGCUUCAGUUUCUGCUUACCAGGGUUCAAAUCAAGCACUCAAUGGAUCUAUGUUCUCGGUUGGAGAUCUUCAUCAUACUGAUAAAGACAGCCGUCAGCUCGAUGAUACCUCCUUGUAUGGUGAGCAGAUGGACAACUCAAACAGCCAAACACCUCAUGGUUCACCUUUGAUGGUGAGAUCGAACUCAAUGCCUAAUAUUGCUGACUCUGCAUCAGAGAAAUCUUCAGCUUUCAAAUAUUCUUCUCAUCACUCUAGAUCCUCUGAUGACCUUCGAACUCUAGACAUGCGCCAAACAGAUAAAUCUGUCCAUGAGACUGAUGAAGAGGUUAAGCAAGAGCAAGAGCAAGAUCAAGAUCAAGAGCAAUAUCAUGAUCGGAACUAUGAUAUGCAUAAAUCUGGAGAUGACAACAACAAGGAAAAUCUCAGGGAAGAUGAAUAUGAUGAUGCGUAUGACUAUUCUUCUUUGGCUAAAGAUUGGAUAGUACCACCUACAAAUGAGCUAAAUUUAACGAAGUUCCUUGAAGGAGAGACAUCUAACCAGCAAGCAGAAUAUCCAGUAAAGGAUUCUAAGUUUAAGCGUAUUGAGGAUUGGGUCAAUGACCUGCAGCAUGUAAACUUGUCUGUGGAAGCAAAUGAGAUAACAGGGUAUGACGAUGAGUUGCCAAGAGAAGCUGUCGUGUUGAAUGAGCCGGCAACAGUAUCUGCUAAAGUAGAUACCAUCAAGUUAACUCCUGGAAUGGAAGCUGCGAAAAAGUAUAUAUCCUCUCUAAGUGCUUCUGCAACCACUGCCCAGCUGGUUAGUCAUGGUCUGGUUGUGAUACCAUUCCUCAGUGCAUUUGUUGGUCUGAGAGUUCUCAAUCUCUCAGGAAAUGCAAUAGUUAGGAUAACCGCUGGAGCUCUUCCUCGAGGACUACAUGCGUUGAAUUUGUCGAAGAACAGCAUCUCGGUGAUUGAGGGCCUACGUGAACUCACUCGGCUUCGGGUAUUAGAUUUGAGUUACAACCGAAUACUGAGACUUGGUCAUGGCCUGGCUUCUUGUUCCUCUCUGAAGGAACUAUACCUAGCUGGGAACAAAAUCAGCGAAAUUGAGGGUCUUCAUCGCCUCUUGAAGUUGACGGUCUUGGAUUUACGCUUCAAUAAGUUUUCAACCACCAAAUGUCUUGGUCAGCUCGCUGCAAAUUACAGUUCUCUUCAGGCUAUAAGCUUGGAAGGUAACCCUGCACAGAAGAAUGUUGGUGAUGAACAGCUGAGGAAGUACCUUUUGGGGCUCCUGCCAAAUUUGUUAUACUACAACAGACAAGGCACUAAAGAUGCUCGGCUCGGGACAAGCUCUCAUCAGUUGGACCGAGGUCUAAGGUCAGAGCUCAAAAACAGUAGCCGGAAGAGUAGCCACGGUGCAUCCAGUUCUCACAAACCUGGAUCCUCCACAGCUCGUAAAUCACCAGCUUUGCCAAAAAGGUCAAAGGAGAGAAGCAGCCGUCUUCCACCUGUGGGACACAAAGUAUCUCCAGCUGCUUACGAGAGUUAUUAUCACGUUGCUACUGGUGAUAGAUUGUCUAGUCUGAGGUCUGAUCUCUCUAUGCGAAGAAGUCGAAGUGAAGGAACUCUCGGACCUAUCUGAUCACUGUUGUUCUCUUCCGUUGGCUGCGAUUUCCUUUGCUGAGGUAAACGAUGAAGAUGGUAUCUAUAUAGAUAUAAUAUCUUCUUCCCUUUUAUUUCAUCAUCUUCAGCUUUUGUGUUUUGUUGUUGUUGUGCGUUAUCAAUUUUACAUCAGAAGCUUUUGAUUCUUUCUUUUAGCUUCUCAAUAAAUGUCUGAAAUUGGAAACCAUGUUAUACAUUCUUUUCAGCAACUGUCUAAGAUAUGUAGAUUACAAACAGACUUUUGUGAA